UGCUUGUGAGAAGUCUUACUUUACGCCUGCGCCAGCCAGCAGCCUCCCAUCCCCCAUGAUCCUCUCAUCCUUUUCACAAGUCUUAACAGGCUCAACAAGACCAUGUCUUUUCCCGCAUCCUAUCCGUGUAGGCCGUCUUGGAUUCAUGCAUUGCCCGUCUCCCGCUUCUGCGAUACUUGAGCCUGCCCUCGAUCUCGACCUUGACCUCGACCUUAACAUUGUUCGUCCAGACCUUAUCUAAAUCACGAUCCAUCUUCCACACGAAAUGUUGUGGCUAGCCUCCCGGCACCCCCGAUUCUUGUGCCAUCACUAUCUGUGCUAAUGUGGAAUUCCUACGAUUCUGGUGACAAGUCUACUCCAACGUCAUGCCGCGCCCAAAGAAAGCCGACCAGGAUGGAAGAGAGGUGAAGAAGCGGUCGAGAAAUGGUUGCUGGCCUUGCAAGUCGAGAAAAGUCAAAUGUGGAGAGGAGAAACCCGCAUGCGCCAAUUGCCAGCGACAAGGAGAGGCCUGCGACUACAGUAUACGACUGAACUGGGAUGGCCGGAGCAAAAAGAAAGAAGAUGGAAAGCCAGGCUCGCAAAUCAUAUCGUUUGGCGCUCCUCAACCUUCUCCGCCUCAGUCUGUGACCAACGGCUAUUCCAACGGCAUCAACGGUCAGGUUCCCAACGCAGACAUUGCUUCUCCAGCCCUUCGAAUGCAAUCGCACCUACCUCAGAGUUAUGCGGUUGACCAGUCCUUAUCAGACUCGACCAUGCCUUCAAUUCCCAGAUUUGCUAACUCGCUUCCUGUCCCUCCGACCGAGUUCAAUCCCCCUACACUUCCUCCUCCGCCUGUCCUGAGAACUCCUCAAUGGACCGAAAGUCCCAACAAUCCAGCAGUUCAACAGCCAGGCCCGGGGGGCCCUUUGCGACAUGCACUAUCUCUCCCAGCAUAUCCAUCCCCGUCAGACUCGGGGUUCGGAAGCCCGAACCUCAAUGGCGGGAUGUACCAAUUCAGUGGGCAUUCUGCGCAGAUGCCUCCGCCUAUGCCAACGUCCAACCCGUUGAACUAUCAGGAAUCUGUCUCCUCACCGUACAACAGUGCAAAGAGAAUGAGAUUGAGUCCGCGCACAGAUAAUUUCGGCCGGCCAACUCAUACUUAUCCACGCGCUGCUUCCUAUGGUCCGAAUGAUAAUGAGGAGCCUGCUCGAGUUCAAUUCUACCCGCAUACACCUACCUUCUUCCCUUCUUACCUUAGCAACCCUUUGACUCCGGCGACCUCGGCAUCACAAGUCACGGACAACGAUGAUCGACGUAUUUCCGUAAGCUCUUUGUUAUCGGAAGAUCCCGACACUGAAGACUCGAAACCUUCUAAUACCAACGAGCAAACCACCUAUAGCGAUGAGCAGAUUCCGCGGCGUGGUUCACUUCACCAACGCAUGGUUUCGUACUCGCAGACGGAAACUUAUGGUCAAGACCGUGGAAACCCGGACUUAGAUAUACCACGCAAUAACGACACUGCGGCCAUCUCAGGCACGUCCCCUUCAGAGCAUAGUGAGUUUGAUUCUUGGCUGCACGACACUGAUCUCCAAGUGCCUGAAUUUGGAUUCGGCCUCGUAAGUCGAGAAACGGUGUUUGCCAAAGGAGGGUAUUAUGCUUCCCCCGUUCCGAUCAAGAUCCCACGAAAGUUGGAACCUCUACCGCGAACGCUUUCGGAAAAUCCAAUGAAUCUCCUAUACUUCCAUCAUUUUCUCAACCACACCGCCAGGAUACUGGUGCCACAUGAUUGUCCGGAAAACCCUUUCAAGACAAUCUUACCUAAAAUGGCGGUCGAGAACCCCAAUCUACUCAAUCUGCUACUGGCAUACUCGGCGUGCCACCGAGCUAGGCUAUUGAAUCACCCUGAACCGGUGAAUCGUAUCGCUCAUUGGGUUCGGGACGUCUUCCCUUGCUUACGGCAAACUCUGGACAAUGUCUCGAACACAGAAGUUUCCAAUGCGAAUUUGGCAACCGCGAUCAUGUUGUCUUCCCUUGAGAUAAUAUCCCCUUUCAGUUUCGGCGUCUCCAUACCUUGGCAGAACCACCUGAGUAUCGCCCGAAGCAUUAUUCGUGCGCGAGGUGGACCAAAUUCGAUUUCUCGGAAAGACCCGGUCAUGUACUUCUUGACACGAUGGUUGGCGUAUCUGGACGUCCUGGGCUCGCUAUCUGGCAGACGCAACGAGGAGCCCUUGUUUGCCGGAAAUUAUUGGUCCAAUUCACACGAAGAUAGUACUUCAGCCAAGGAACUAUCCCUGACCGACGAUGAUGGCGACGAUGAAGACGACUAUACCAUUGACUGUCUACUGGGAUUUACCACCCGCUGUGUUUCGAUUUUGGCUCAGGUGGCUGUUCUGGCGAGACAAUGUGAGACCGGCAGGAUUGAUCCAGAGACCGGGCAAAUCAACGAAGCCUGGAGACCUUCGCACGAUAUCCUCAAAAGAGCGGAGAAAUUGCAGCAAGAUCUGGAAAGGGCUCGCAAUCACGAACAGAUCCAAUGUCACCAUAGCCCUCAAAUGACCAAGGCUCAUUUAUGCGGCUCACGGCGAAAUUCAGCUUAUGCCGAAAUGUCGGAGAAGGAUCAGGAGGAGGCAUUUGCAACCAACUCUGCGUUCCACUGGGCAGGACUUGUACACUUGCUUCGUAGGAUCCACAACUUCCCUCGCCGGGAUCCACAGGUACAGAGUGCUGUGCAUGAAAUUGUAAAGAUCCUGCAGACAAUCCGACGGGAAGGAAGUGCCGAGGCUUGUUUGUUAUUUCCCAUGUUCACGGCUGGAGUCGAAGCUGAAGAUCCACUCGAUCGAGCAGAGAUUCUGAGCAGGAUCAAGGCGUCUGAAGGGCUUGGGAUGUGCCAGGUCAGUCAUGCUCGCAAGAUUAUGGAAGAAGUCUGGCGUACGGGAGUCAGCUGGGAAAACCUGGUAACCGAGGGAUUUUUUGCAUGAACAUCUGAGACGAAGAUGAUUUUGUCUGUGGUAACAAGUAGGCCAUUUUUGCUUGUGUAUACAAUAACUGAGCGUUGCAGCUGGGAUAGUCACGGUAGUUUGGGUAUGUACAUUCACUUCUUCUACAAUGGAAUUAGCUGUGCCUCUUUGAUGCACUAUUUGAACGAGACGUCGGA